AUGCAUUUGUUCAUAGCUACGAUUUCUUGUUAUAUUAGUAUUGCGGCAUCCUUUAAAAGUCAAAUUCUUUAUGGCUUGUAUCGGUUUAAUGAAGAUCAAAAACGGCAAAUAGUUACUAUUCAUAAUAAACUUCGAGCUCAAGAACCAGCAUCUAAUAUGCAAGAAUUAGUUUGGGACGAUCGACUUGCUGAUCUUGCGUAUGGUCACGUACAGCGAUGUGAUGCGUGGCAUCGGAGUGCUUAUGAACGACAAGGUCACGGCUAUUCAUAUAUUGGCGAAAAUAUUUGGUGGAGUAACGAAGCAUUUUUACGACCCAAUUUGCAAUCUGCUAUGCUGGAUUUUUUCAACGAAAAACCUUAUUAUAAUUAUUACACUAAUCGCUGUUGGCAAAAUGCGCAGUGUGGGCAUUAUACUCAGUAUGUUUGGGCUGAAACAUGCGCAGUAGGAUGUGCGGCAGUUCAUUGUGAUGGGAUUAAGAAUGGCAGAGGGAUCAACAAAGGGCACAUUAUUGUUUGCAAUUAUGGCGAAGGAGGAAAUAUGUUUGGCAAACGCCCUUACCAGAUAGGGCCAAGGUGUUCGAAAUGUAAGUGCGGUGGUAAUUGUACUUCAGAAGGCCUUUGUCAGCCAUGUUGUAAUGGCUUACGUUAUCCUCAAGACGGCACUUUUUGGCCUUCAGAAUCUUUAAGACUUCGACAACAGUCACAAAAACUAUGGCUUGACAAAAUGGCUUUACAUCAAAAAUCAAAAGUACAAAAGGAGAAUGAAUAUAAUGAUUUUUUAACUCAAGUUUAUUUGGGAUAUCAAUGUCGAGAUUUUGAACGAUACUGUGAUUACUGGGCCCAAACUGUUGGAUGUAAAGGUGAACAUGAAGAUUUUAUGACCAAACGAUGUCCAAAAACUUGUAAUACUUGCCAUGAAGUUGCAGCUACUGUCAUACGAAAGUGUGUUGAUAACAGCAAAAGCUGUUAUUCUUGGGUUAAGAAUGGUCAAUGCUUUGGUCCUCGGAAGCUAUUUAUGCGAACAAACUGUAAAUUAUCUUGUGGAUUCUGCAAACCUCCCAAAAAACAGCGAAUGAAAGACAAUAAUACAAAACGAAGAAAUGGAAAUAAGAAAUCAGUCUAG